AUGCUGCACAUUGAAGAUUGCUGCGCUAUUGACAAUCCUAAAGCUGCAUUGGAAAUCAGCUCUGAAUCCGAAGAUAGUGACAACUUGGCAGAUGACGAAAAAACAGUUGAGAAGCAGAAUAAAAAUGCGAGAGAUGCUGACAGUAAUGUCGACUGUUUAAAUGCUAAUUUGGCUUCUGGAGAUUCUAUUUUUAGUUGUUCGGAUACGAAUUCAUCUGAAGGUUUACAAAUUUCUGGAACAAAGUAA